CCUUCCUAGAAACCAUCCACUGGGGAAUAAAAUAAAACAAAAAAUCAAUCACGUCCAAAACCAAAUCAAUAGUUUAAAAUGUAAGCAGCAGCAUCAUAAACCUCAAUGUUAUACCCAAUCAUAUACCUCUGCACGUGUCCUAACCCUAAAUCUAACCGUCCAUUUACAUAGGUUCUUGCAGUCAGAUUUCUUAUUAUUUAGCACCAUGAAUGUCCAAGAAAAAGAAACGACACCUUUCAUUGUCAUGUAGUCUUCCCAACUCCUAUAUAUAUAUCCAUCACCUUUUAUAAUACAAGUACCACACUCAUUUAAACUCUAUACAGUAAAUAUAGUAAGGUGCUUUAGUCGUCGAGGAGAAAUGGAGAAGGAUCAAAUUGGCAAUACAAGUCGUAGAGUGUACGAGGAUUUGUUACCUGUGAUGGCAGAAAAGCUGGAUGUAGAUGAGUUUGUGUCUGAAUUAUGUGCUGGAUUUAGGCUUCUGGCCGAUCCUGAAAAAGGGUUGAUAACAUCGGAGAGCCUGAGGAGAAAUUCAGCAUUUCUAGGUAUGGAGGGGAUGAGCAAAGAAGAUUCGGAGGGGAUGGUCAGAGAAGGAGAUCUUGAUGGCGAUGGAGCGCUUAAUGAAACUGAAUUUUGCAUCCUCAUGGUGCGACUUAGCCCUGAAAUGAUGGAGAAUGCUGAAACUUGGCUUGGCAAGGCAAUCGAUCAAGAGUUGAUGAAAUUUUCAUCUUAAUUUCUUUCUCUCUACUCCUUCAGAAGAGAAAAAUCAUGUAUUUUUAUUAUGAAAUUUUAAGGAGAUUUUAAUUGAUCAGAGUAAUCGAAUCAAUUAAUUGGAGACGCCGACAA